AUGCUCAUUGCUUGGCAGCCUCCCCCGACGGGGUGGUCUUGCUUGAACACGGACGGCUCGGUUCUUUAUAGCCAGGGGAGCUCCACAGCGGGAGGAGUGAUUCGGAGGGAGGAUGGACGGCUAAUUCGAGCUUUUACAGCGAACUUGGGAGGAGGAUCCAUCACGAGAGCUGAACUUAUGGGAAUCUGUAUCGGACUAAGGAUUGCGUGGGAGGAGGGCGUAAGGAAAGUGGAGGUUCAUUCGGACUCAAAGGCUGCACUGGCGCUGAUUCAAAGCGCGCCGGAGGGGAGCUCGCACUACAACCGGGUUGUCCAGAUUUGUCGGCUCAUCGUGAGGGAGUGGCAGAUCAACCUCAAACAUGUGUUCCGGGAGGCCAACGUGGUGGCGGAUCACCUAGCCUCGUUGGGACACUCUCUCGGCAAUGGUGAGCACCUGAUCCAUGCCACAACACCAUCACUCAGCCAUCUGCUUCUUCAUGAUGUACUGGGCAUUCAGUCCUCUCGCCUUGUUCUAAGUUAA